UUGUUCCUGGUGUCAUCAUUAUUGGAGCGUUAUUAUUCGAAUCGUUCUUGGAUCAUCGUUACUGGAAUCGUGGUGUUGAAAUCAUCAUUAUAGGUGUCAUUCUUAGAUCAUCGUUAGAGCCUUUUGGAGUCACCGUUACUGGAGCUAUUGUUACUGAAAUCAUAUUACUAGG